CAUCAUCAUCACCAUCAUUUCCCUCUACAUGAAGCCUCCUCUGUCUCUCUCUCUCACUCUGUCUCUAUAAAGUCUUAACUAAUCUUCACCAAGCCCAGUUGGAAUAAAAAGCAAGCCUAAAGAGUCUUAAAAGAGAUGAGGAAGCCGGAGGUUACUGGGAAGAGCAACGACAACAAUGGAAGUUGCAAGCUUAGGAAGGGUUUGUGGUCACCAGAGGAAGAUGACAAGCUGAUGAAGUACAUGCUCAACAAUGGAGUGGGUUGUUGGAGUGAUGUGGCUAGAAAUGCUGGGUUGCAGAGGUGUGGAAAGAGCUGCCGGCUCCGGUGGAUCAACUACUUGAGACCUGAUCUCAAGAGAGGCGCUUUCUCUCCUCAAGAAGAAGAGCUCAUCAUCCAUUUGCAUUCCCUUCUUGGCAACAGGUGGUCUCAAAUUGCGGCUCGUUUGCCUGGACGUACGGACAAUGAAAUCAAGAACUUUUGGAAUUCAACAAUCAAGAGAAGAUUGAAGAACAUUACUGCUGCUGCUACUACUACAUCAGCCUCACCAAACAGUGCUGCUGACAAUGACUCUUCGUGGGAUCAACCUAUAGAAGGAGCAGGCAACAGUACUAGUAUGCCCACGUACAUGGAUUCCUCCUCUUCAUCGUCAUCGACAAUGCACCGCCUCAUAAACCCAUCGUGGAUGAUCGACAAUGGCAUGAACAUGUAUGGUUCAAUUGGGCACUUCAACCCACAUCCUCCUCCUCCAUGCAUGGCACAAGUUGGAUCUGGUUUUAACUGUUUUUAUGGUGAAAAUAAUAAUGGGUUCUUCAAUGGAGGGGAUCAGCUGUAUGUUCCUCCAUUGGAAAGUAUUAGCAUUGAAGAAAGCACUACUGCUAAAACUGCAGAAAGCACAUAUGAAAGCAACAAUAAUAAUAAUAACCUGACUGGGUUUGGGAGUUAUUGGCAAGGAGAGGAUGUGAAAGUUGGGGAGUGGAACUUGGAGGAGUUGAUGAGAGACGUUUCAUCCUUUCCUUUCCUCGACUUCUCAUCAAGUUAAGAGUUAACGGGUUUUCUUUCUUUCUUUUUCUUUCUUUUGUUUUUUUCCACAUUAUUAUCAAACCCUUUUCAUGAUAACUACUAAGGCACUAGUGAUCAUACGUACAGACUACCUAAAUACCUUGAAGCUUAUGGCUUCUGAGUUGGUCUUGAUGAAGAAAUUGUGAAAUUUUCAUAUGCAGUUAUGUAAUAUAUGUACAGGAGAUCAUGAAUAAAUGUCCCACUAGAGACUGCUAGUAUAUAUGUUGAGAUUGUUCCGAGGGGAGUGGUGGUAAUUUUUAUUAAAAAGAGUUUUUUUUUUUUUUUGGUGGG